AUGCGUCUCUCUACUACCUUAUUGACACUGUCGCUGUCAGCUCUCGUGGCUGCUGCUCCGCUUGCAAGCUCUGUCGAAGGUGGCCUUCAAAGGCGUACCCCCGGAGAGGACUUCGUCGACUUCUACAAGAAGUCCUACGAUGAGAAAGAGAAACGGGGUGAGGACUUCGUCGACUUCUACAAGAAGUCCUACGACGAGAAGGAGAAGCGCGGGGAAGAUUUUGUUGACUUCUACAAGAAGUCCUACGACGAGAAGGAGAAGCGCGGGGAAGACUUUGUUGACUUCUACAAGAAGUCCUAUGACGAGAAGGAGAAGCGCGGGGAAGACUUUGUUGACUUCUACAAGAAGUCCUAUGAUGAGAAGGAGAAGCGCGGGGAAGAUUUUGUUGACUUCUACAAGAAGUCCUACGACGAGAAGGAGAAGCGCGGGGAAGACUUUGUUGACUUCUACAAGAAGUCCUAUGACGAGAAGGAGAAGCGCGGGGAAGACUUUGUUGACUUCUACAAGAAGUCCUAUGACGAGAAGGCGAAGCGUGGCGAUGAUAGCGAAGAGUUUGUCAACUACUACAAGAAGAAGUACGAGCAGGAGUAG